ACGAACAGACAUACAAGACACAGGGUCCCAAUUAUUCAUUUUCAAUAAAUUAAAAUUAAGUAAUAAACAAUAUCACUUGUUUGAGUUACAGUAAGUAUAAAACAACCUCGCAAAUUUCAGUUAUUCAGAAUAUAUUAUAUCAAAUGUUGCGGACCCUGACUAUUAACCUUACAAAAUGCCGGCGUACAAGUUAUGCUGAUUCAUUUAUUAGUAAAUACCGUCGGUAUUGUUCCGGGACGAUAGAGACCGAAAAAAAAUCAAACCCAAGCAAAAUAGUUAAGGCCAUGGCCGUGGACAAGUCAAAUUUCCUGCUGCCCAACAACCAGAGGUUUGUGGAGCUGGAGAGCUCCCAGGCCUUCAAUAAUCUGACUAAUCAGGAAAAGUUGUAUGCUCAUUAUUUGAGUCAGGCUGCAUGGAAUGGAGGUCUAAUAGUCCUACUGCAGACGAGUCCGGAGUCUCCAAGGAUCUUCUCCCUACUGCACAGGAUCUUCCUUGGCGAGCCCCUGGAGGACCUGAAAAAGUCUGCCCUAGCAGCUGGUGCUACUGAGGAUGAUUUCCAAGCCUUCCUAGUGUACGCCGGCGGCAUUUUAGCCAACAGCGGCAACUACAAAGGCUUCGGCGACACCAAGUUCAUACCGAACCUGCCCAAGGAGUCCUUUGAGAUCAUCGUCAAGGCCUCCAAAGCUUACGAGAAUGACAUCACGCAUAUAAGCAAGCUGUUUCAGAACACGCAGAAUGCUAUAUACAGCUUGGCGCCGAGGCUGACGAGUUUAGGCUUAGCUGAUAAGGGUGUCACCACAUACUUCUCAAGCAACUGCACGAAAGAGGACUCGGACCUGGUGAACGAGUGGAUGAAGACGAAACGCAUCGAAGCUUACAUCUGCCGGACGUUCAAAACUACCGCAGAAGAUGGACUACCCCUCUUCACCAUCCGCUACGCCAGCGUCGACACAACCCCCCUAGCAACCACCCCCGAGAAAUACAAGAACGCCUACUUCAUCGAGUCCCGCGGAGACUACUCCCCCCUGCUGGCGCUGGCCACAGACCACCUGAACACGGCCGUCACUCACGCCGCCAACGACAAUGAGCGGGACAUGCUGAAACAUUAUGUGAAGAGUUUCACUGAAGGCAGUUUGGACGAGCAUAAGGAAGGCAGCCGGUUCUGGAUUAGGAAUAAGGGGCCUAUUAUUGAGACAUAUCAAGGCUUCAUAGAGACGUACCGCGACCCGGCCGGGCAGCGCGGCGAGUUCGAAGGCUUCGUGGCCAUGGUCAACAAGGAGAUGUCCAAGAAGUUCGGAGCCCUGGUGGACGGGGCCGAGAGGUUCAUAAAGCUGCUGCCGUGGGGCUCUGACCUGGAGAAAGACACAUUCCUGCGGCCCGACUUCACCAGUCUGGACGUGCUCGCCUUCUCGGGCAGCGGCAUACCCGCCGGCAUCAACAUCCCCAACUACGACGAAAUCCGUCAAGACGAGGGCUUCAAGAACGUGUCUCUCGGCAACGUGAUCCCCGCCGCGUACAAGGAGUCCGUCAUACCCUUCCUCAACGAUACCGACAAGCAGUUGCUCGAGAAGUACAGAGUGCCCGCCUUUGAGGUGCAAGUGGGCCUGCACGAGCUGCUCGGACACGGCAGCGGCAAGCUGCUGCGACAAAACGCGGACGGCACAUUCAACUUCGACAAAAACAAAGUCAAGAACCCGCUCACUGGCAAGCCGAUCGAGUCGUGGUACACGGAGGGCGAGACGUACGACAGCAAGUUCACGACACUCGGCUCCGCCUUCGAGGAGUGUCGCGCCGAGGCCGUCGGCCUCUACCUGUCGCUAGUGCCCGAGAUACUCGAGGUAUUCGGGUACUCCGGCGAAGAGGCGCAGAACGUGACGUACGUGAACUGGCUGAGCCUGCUGUGGAACGGGGCCGCCAAGGCCACGGAGAUGUACCAGCCCCCCACCGGCACAUGGCUACAAGCACACGCACGCGCGCGCUUCGUACUGAUGCGGCUUUUGGAACUAGAAGGCGACGGGCUGCUGACCGUAGUUGAGGCCGAACCGGGGCGCGACCUGCUGCUGACGCUACAGAGGGACCGCCUCGCCACAGACGGCAAAAGAAUCAUCGGCGAUUUCCUAGUGAAGCUACAGACCCUGAAGGCAACAGGCGACGCUGCGGGCGCCGAGACCCUGUUCGACAAGUACAGCCGCCUCGACGAGCCCUGGGGCCGGUGGCGGGACAUCGUCAUGCUGCACAAACAGCCCAGGAACAUCUUCGUGCAGCCCAACACCCUCCAUAAAGGCGACGAGGUGGAGCUGCGCCGCUACCCGGCCAGCGCCGAGGGCAUGGUCCGCUCGUGGCUGGAGCGGUUCCCGUCGGCCUCCGUCUCCGACCUGCUCGAACAGCUCGCCGAGGCCGACAAACACCACUUCACCGACGUCACGGUGCUGCAUGACAGUUAAAUAUUCAAUCUGAUCCGUCUAGUG